AUGUCCCUUUACAGUCGUGAUGGCAGCUCUGCCAAGAUCGGUGCGCCGAGCAUCGACCCCCUUCAAGACACGAUUUACGAUUUCCCACGCGAUAUAGUAGGAUUUGGUCGGAAAUCACAUAAUCCGCAAUGGCCUAACGGUGCUAAAAUAGCUGUUUCGUUUGUUAUCAAUUAUGAAGAGGGCUCUGAACGUAGCGUGACAAACGGCGACGCGCAGUCUGAGAACAGAUUAUGGGAACAGGCAGAUAAUAAACCAGCUUUGACUGGAGAGAGAUCUCUGAAUCCAGAGUCUGAUUAUGAAUAUGGAAGUCGAGUGGGCGUAUGGCGGCUGCUAAAUUGCUUCGAGAAGUAUGGAAUGCCAGUCACCGCUUAUGCUAUCGGACAGGCAUUCGAGAAGAAUCUAGAGGUCGCGGAUGCGUUUGGGAAGAACGGCCAUGAGGUGGCUAGCCAUGGGUAUCGAUGGGUAAAUUAUGUAGGAAUGGGCAUUGAGCUGGAAAAAGAGUACAUCGAGCGACAAUUAGAGAGUCUGAAGAAGACGACGGGAAGUUAUCCGGUGGGAUGGUACUACGGGGCUGUCUCUGCGUACUCGAAAGCGUUGAUUCAUGAAGUCUACGAAAAGAAAGGCAUCCCGCUUCUUUACGAAAGCGACACGUAUUCAGAUGAUUUGCCAUUCUGGGUUGAUGUGCCGGCAGAGAAAGAACUGAAGGAUCCAAAGGGAAUGCUCAUGAUUCCCUACAGCUAUGAUUGCAACGACGUCAAAUUCCACGCAGCAUCAGGAUUCAGCACAGCUUCCGGUUUUGAGGAAUACCUCAAGACAGCGUUUGAUGUGCUUUAUGCCGAGGGUCAAGAAGGCAUGCCUAAGAUGAUGACGAUCGGCCUGCACUGUAGGAUUUCAGGAAAGCCAGGACGUUUUGCUGCGGUUGAGAACUUCAUAAAAUACAUUUCAAACAAACCAGAUGUGCCUUGUGCCGGACCUCACCCAUAUGUUGUUGAAUAUUUCGAGGUCGAGGGUGGUCGCUCAACCUCCUCUCACUACAUGCAUCAGAAGAUGGCCCAGAUACUCCACGCCUCCCCUCUCAAUCCUUCCGGAUUCAAAUCGUACGGCGGGGUUAUAUCUACCAAUGUCCUGACCCCACAAACAGUGCAUGUGAACGGCGGCACGGCGAGACGGACGCCAGAAGUUGUGCCUACGGACAAUCGGUACGAUAAGGCACCAAGCAAGAAACCAGCGAAAGUCGUGUUGAAUGCUUCUCUAGCUGGUCCACGAGACGUCGCUCCUUGGUCCGGAGAAAUUGGAAAAGAGAGAAAAGAGAAUCAUGGGGACGCGAAAAGAGUUUUCAAAUUCAAAAUGCUGGAGAAACACCCUUAUACCACGCAGUCUUUUGUGCCGAUGGGCGGCGAUGUCAAAUACUUGGUUGUAGUAACGGAUGGUGACGAGAAGCCGAAUAUGAAGGGCUUGAAAGCGUUUGCGGCGACACAAAAGCAGGGUGUGUGCUAUGGGGUGGGCGUGUGGCAUGCGCCUAUGGCUGUCAUUGAUGAGCCGGUGUCGUUUGCGGUUGUGCAGCAUAUUAACGGGGUUGCAGAUGAGGACUGCAGUCGAAUCUACUUCAAAGCACUCGUCACAAUAUCCGAUGAUUAUGAAGAUGGGAGUGACCACAGAGUUCCGGAAACGGAUGCACAAGCGGAAUACGCAAUGGAAGCUGCCCGGACUCGUGACGAAAAGAACGAGAAGAUCUUGUUCCGAGCGAGAAAAUUGGCGAUUAUUGCAAGCAUUGUUAUGACACUGGCAUAUUUGAUUCUCUGGCCCAUUCCAAUGUAUGCCACAAGUUACGGAAUGCUGAGACCUUAG